AGGAGCAAGUAUCCUGUGUGCGCAGCGCAUGAAUGUGUCUGGGCAUCUCCGCGUAUAUUUAUAUAGUGUGUGAUGCGAAAAGCAGGACCGGCCGAGGGAAGGAAGAGGGGGUGUGGGGGGAGGGAAGAAGAGGGAGAGCAGAGGGGAGAGAAGAGAGAGGAGAGCUCGAGGCGAGAGAGCGAGAGCGAGAGAGAGAGAGAGAGAGAGAGAGAGAUAGGACUUCCUCCCCGAUUCGCAAAGUGAAGUCACUUCCCAAAAUUAGCUGAAAAAAAAGUUUCAUCCGGUUAACUGUCUCUUUCGCUCCGCUACAACAACAAACGUGCACAGGGGAGCGAGGGCAGGGCGCUCGCAGGGGGCACGCAGGGAGGGCCCAGGGCGCCAGGGAGGCCGCGCCGGGCUAAUCCGAAGGGGCUGCGAGGUCAGGCUGUAACCGGGUCAAUGUGUGGAAUAUUGGGGGGCUCGGCUGCAGACUUGGCCAAAUGGACGGGACUAUUAAGGAGGCUCUGUCGGUGGUGAGCGACGACCAGUCCCUCUUUGACUCAGCAUACGGAGCGGCGGCCCAUCUCCCCAAGGCCGACAUGACUGCCUCGGGGAGUCCUGACUACGGGCAGCCCCACAAGAUCAACCCCCUCCCGCCGCAGCAGGAGUGGAUCAAUCAGCCAGUGAGGGUCAACGUCAAGCGGGAGUACGACCACAUGAAUGGAUCCAGGGAGUCUCCGGUGGACUGCAGCGUGAGCAAAUGCAGCAAGCUGGUGGGUGGAGGCGAGUCCAACCCCAUGAACUACAACAGCUAUAUGGACGAGAAGAAUGGCCCCCCGCCUCCCAACAUGACCACCAAUGAGAGGAGAGUCAUCGUCCCUGCAGACCCUACACUGUGGACACAGGAGCACGUGAGGCAGUGGCUGGAAUGGGCCAUAAAGGAGUACGGCUUGAUGGAGAUCGACACAUCCUUUUUCCAGAACAUGGAUGGCAAGGAACUGUGUAAAAUGAACAAGGAGGACUUCCUCCGCGCCACCACCCUCUACAACACGGAAGUGCUGUUGUCACACCUCAGUUACCUCAGGGAAAGUUCACUGCUGGCCUAUAAUACAACCUCCCACACAGACCAAUCCUCACGACUGAGUGUCAAAGAAGACCCUUCUUAUGACUCAGUCAGAAGAGGAGCGUGGGGCAAUAACAUGAAUUCUGGCCUCAACAAAAGUCCUCCCCUUGGAGGGGCACAAACGAUCAGUAAGAAUACAGAGCAACGGCCCCAGCCAGAUCCAUAUCAGAUCCUGGGCCCGACCAGCAGUCGCCUAGCCAACCCUGGAAGUGGGCAGAUCCAGCUAUGGCAAUUCCUCCUGGAGCUGCUCUCCGACAGUGCCAACGCCAGCUGUAUCACCUGGGAGGGGACCAACGGGGAGUUCAAAAUGACGGACCCCGAUGAGGUGGCCAGGCGCUGGGGCGAGCGGAAAAGCAAGCCCAACAUGAAUUACGACAAGCUGAGCCGGGCCCUCCGAUAUUACUAUGAUAAAAACAUUAUGACCAAAGUGCACGGCAAAAGAUAUGCCUACAAAUUUGACUUCCAUGGCAUUGCCCAGGCUCUGCAGCCACAUCCGACCGAGUCGUCCAUGUACAAGUACCCUUCUGACAUCUCCUACAUGCCUUCCUACCAUGCCCACCAGCAGAAGGUGAACUUUGUCCCUCCCCAUCCAUCCUCCAUGCCUGUCACUUCCUCCAGCUUCUUUGGAGCCGCAUCACAAUACUGGACCUCCCCCACGGGGGGAAUCUACCCCAACCCCAACGUCCCCCGCCAUCCUAACACCCAUGUGCCUUCACACUUAGGCAGCUACUACUAGAAGCUUACUCAUCAGUGGCCUUCUAGCUGAAGCCCAUCCUGCACACUUACUGGAUGCUUUGGACUCUACAGGACAUAUGUGGCCUUGAAGAGAAGACAAAACUGGAUGUUCUUUCUUGUUGGAUAGAACCUUUGUAUUUGUUCUUUAAAAACAUUUUUUUUAAUGUUGGUAACUUUUGCUUCCUCUACCUGAACAAAGAGAUGGAUCAUUCCAUGGGCCAGUAUGCCAGUUUGAAUUCUCAGUCUCCUAGCAUCUUGUGAGUUGCAUAUGAAAAUUACUGGAAUGGUUAUGUCAUGGUUCUGAGAAAGAAGCUGUACAUUUUCUUUAUGUUUUUAUGACCAAAGCAGUUUCUUAUCAAUACACGGGUCUCAUUAGGGGUUCAGUACGACACAGAAUCAUAGACUUAACCAGUCAUGUUCUGGUUUGAGAUUUAGUGAAAAUAGAGGUGGGAAGCUUAUAAUCUAAUUUUAGGAGGACCGAAUUCAGUGGAUGGCAACUGGAACAUUGAUUGUAAGGCCAGUGAAGUUUUCACCCAACUGGAAUUUGAUGGAAAGAAGGUGUGUGUGUUUAAGUCAUCAAGGGCAUUGCAGAAUCCCCCUCAGUGGACAGUAUGCACUCAACUGACCACUCUCUCUAGAAAUAGUCAAGAUAUGAACUAAGAAAUUUUAAUGCAAAUACAUACAUUCCUGAAAGACGGGGAAGUAAAUAACUAUUUUUUUUUAAAUGAUGACAGUGGGUCCCAGAACUUGGAAAAGUUGUAGGGAUUUCUAAACUCAAACAGAUUCGCAAGCGCUGUGCGCUUGUCAGACCAUCCGACCAGGGUCAACCAAUCAGAAGGCAACUUACUGUAUAAAUUAUGCAGAGUUAUUUUCCUAGAUCUCACAGUAUUAAAAAUAAAUAAUUAAAAAUUAAGAAUAAAUAAACGAGUUGACCUCGGUCACAAAAGCAGUUUUACUAUUGAAUCAGUCGCUGUUAUUUUUUUUUUUUAAAUGUAAUUUGUACAUCUUUUAUCAAUCUGUACAUUUGGGCUGUUUGUACGUUUUUAUAGCUGGUUUUUAAAAAGCAUAAUAUGACUAUUGCUGAAAAGGAAACAGGGCUGUUUAAGUCACUGACUUACGAGAAAGCAAAGCACUGGUACAGUUAUUUAACAGGCAUACACAAGCAAGGAAAGAUAAUCCAUUUAGACCUUUAAUGCUUUGGAAAUGUGUGUCACAGUACUGCAAUAAUCACAGCUCUGGGAAAAACAACAAAACUUUCCCUUGUGGAGAGGAGGGAUUUUCCUGCUCUAUAUAUGCAACAUAUUUUUAGACAUUAAAAUAUAUAUAAUUUUGCAGGUAAUUGUUGACUUUUUUAACUAUAUGAAGUGUUAAGCUGACAACUGUCAAUGAAGACCAUGUUGUAAAAUAAUUUGACUAAAUAAAUGGUUCCUUCUCUCAGCGCUGAGGACGGUUUUCUUAUUUGCCGCCCCCGUUAGGUCAAAGGGUUUUUUUUCUGGGGAACUUUCCUAUUUACUUCCUGCACUAUCCAGAAUUUUUCAAAUGUACGUACUGCAGUGCAGCAGACGGUAUAAAAUCAAUGUGGUUUUUCAUUGUUGUUGAUGAUGUUUGUAGUGUUUUUUCCUGUGUGGUAUUUAAAUCUUCCUCUAGCCUAAAAGGGUUUUAUAAAGUGGCAGCCAAGGCCACGGAUAACCUGUAUGUAAGGAACAGAGCAAAGCGAGCUGGUCUAUCCAGACGUGUCUGUGAGAUUUAACUCUGCAGCCUCCCCGGGGCACUUCAGACCCAGGUGGCCCCCUUCUGCUACUCCCGCAGAGAAUGAGCGCCCUGCUUCCCUCAGGUCUCAGACCAGGAUUUUAUGGCUCAUGCAGAUUUUUAAGGUCAUUUUUCUUCCCAAGGAAGAAACUUGCCUCCAAUUGCUUCACUAUUAGGUAGCUUGUUUUCAUUUUCUCUAUUUUACAAUGAAAAGAGCGAGACCUGGGAAGUCCUUGAUUUGCAAGGAAUUCGACUCAUAGCAUUGGUAAUCCUAGAACCUUCUUUGGGUAACACUGAGUACCUUCAAGACAACGUGUCUACCUAAAUGAAACGGGAUGUGUUUCAGAACAAUGGUCUCCAAUUUUUUUUUUAAUCUUGCAUGCUGCCAUUUAAAAAGUUGUGUAAAGCACAUAUUCUCAACAUAUGCACAUUGAUUUAUAAAUCAUAUAUACAAACUGUUCCAUUAUUCUUCAUACUAGAAAACAAAUACAAAAUAGAACAUUUUAAAUGGUGUUAUAAAAAUAAAUUGAAACGAAAAUUCUA